UUUGUCGUACCGCUAAAUUCAGAAAGGGCGUCUAUUUAUCUUUCCCUGAUUGGAGAUUGGCUGAGUGCACGCUAAGUAUACAAGUGUGACCACACUUAGUAGCCUUGGCCUCCACGGUGCUGGCACGAAUGACGGGACGCUCAAUCGAACGUGAACGAGUUUCCGCAUUCUAUUUCAAAACCGCAUAUUCCGGCCAGCUAUGUUUCUCCGCAGCGACUUAACUCUCACUUUAUUACAUUACCCAGACGUUUCCGCCUUUUUUUACCUUCCUUUCCAUUUCCUCAGCAAAUCUCCCACCCGAGCCAUUCACAGUGCUGGGUGAGUGCUUGAUUACCCCGCCAGGUCUUGCAGCGUGUCCGAAGGCCAGCGCGAUCGAUGAAGGCCGUCAGUUGGAUGCCCCGCAGUGUGCGCGGUGCCCUUUCUUGGACAUUCAGACCGGAAGAGUAUGUCCUCCUCACGGCCUCUCCCUCAGCAACACGAGCUACCGUCUACCGCCGUCGACAUGGUUGCUCAUGGCGUGGCUUCCUCCGCAUGUUCACCUUGCGAAGAGUCCUGGUCUCCGUCACCCUCGUCCCUGUAUUCCUAUUACUCGCCAUUAUCUGUCAGGGCGUACCACCAAACUAUGACGAUAUCAGGAUGUUCCAGCAACGGCUCCCUCAGCACUCCCUGUCCGUGACACCCGCACAUCAGCCGCAGUACAUACGAUUUCCAGGACACCUAUGGGGUUUCGGGUUUAAUAAUGUUCUUCAAGAAGCAAUUUUAAUGUCUUACCUCGCCCACGUAUCCAAUCUAUCAUUUGUCUUCGAGGACUACACAUGGUCACAUUUACCACUUCCAUGGACAAUUUACGACUUCGCUCUGCGUCCCGCACGUAUACCCUUGAACGCCCUCAUCUCUGGACCAACAGCAGGAGGGCCAAUGCCUAGCGCACCGAAUGCACCCCGUGCAGUGAGCGCCGAGUUCUACGCGCACGUCUGUGGAGGACCUGAAAGUCGCAGACACGUUAUCAGCUCUCUAAAUGCACCUAAUGAUGCAGACGGCGUUGUCAUGAUCGACUGGUGGGUAGAUCAGCUCGCGUCCGUGCAAGAGCCAUGCAUAGAAAUAGAUUCGUCUGCCCACGAUGUCUUUGACAGACAUUUUUUCGGAAACCCGCGGAUUCUGUCUUUGUGGGAAUCCUUGAUUAAGUCGCCUAUGUUGACUGACUUCGCUUGGUCACCGCUUGUGCAAGCGGCCGUUUCGCGUAAUUUUGCGCUCCUCCAACCCGAGUCCGCUAAAGAUCUCUAUGACGCACAUUCCCGUAAAUCUCUCGCUGGGCUAGUCGCGCUGCAUCUCCGCAGAGGCGAUUACAAACGACACUGCCCGAACCUCGCAGAGUGGGGCGCAGAUUAUAUGGGUAUAAAUCAGCAUCAGUCGCUCCCAGAUCGAUUUGACCGAUCUCCGUAUGUUAACGAUACGGAUGCAAGGCUGUCGUACUAUCUCGAUCAUUGCUGGCCGUCGACGGAGCAGGUUGUGGAAAGGCUAAGGGAGGUUCGGAAUGAGUAUCCUGGGCUAAGACGGGUGUAUGUGCUCUCAAACGAAUGGGCGUGGAGUCUUGAUGGGCUCAAGAGCGCGCUUGAGGAGGAUGGAUGGGACGACUUGGUGAGCAGUGCUGAUAUCGUGCUCGAUUCGGAGCAAAAAUAUGUGGCGAUGGCGGUGGACAUGGCGAUUGCGGAGAAGGCUGAAGUUUUCAUUGGGAACGGGUUCUCGAGCCUAUCGUCCAAUGUGGUAAUGCUAAGGAUGGCGAAGGGAAUGGAGGGGCAGAGCAAUCGGUUUUUGUGAUAGAUAUAAUGGACAUAUAACUUAGUACUAUACCCCGGAACAUUAGGCAAAGAGCGAACAGCAGAGGUGUUCGUAGGGAAUAUGGACAGUGAAUACAUGCAGACGUGCAAAAUUGAAGACUCAGAUAAGCGUCUUGGGGGCCGUUUGUCGCAUCAACGACAGUGCCUUGAUAUCACAGCGAGAUCGGAUUAAAAAUGCUGAACAUACUGGUUUUCAUCCAGGAGUACGACAGAGGAGACGUUAACAUGGGGAGGCAGCGGUGGAUGAGCUCAAGACAGAGAAGCUACUUAAUA